AUUUACAUUUUACAUUGACCUAUGAUCGGGAUUUCAAAGUCAAGUUUUCGUAUUUUGUUUGUGGGCUUAGAUUAUUCUCUAGUCUAAGUUUACUGGUAUUCCCAUUCUAGAUACAAUAAGAAAGAGGCCACGUAUUAUUUUUUCAAAUAGAACAGCAAUUGAUAAGAAUUUGUUUUCAUUCUUCAUGGCUUAUCAGAUCUAAGAAUAUAACUUUCAUAUUGCAUUCUAUAAUAUGCUGCAAUCCAGGUUUCUCCUCAAUUGUGCUAUUCAAAUGAAAAAGAUGAGUUCUAAUGCGUUGUGCAGCCGUUUAAAUGGCAGAGUGGCUAUAGUCACAGCAUCAACAGAAGGUAUCGGCUUUGCUAUAGCCCAAAGAUUAGCUAGGGAAGGAGCCAAAGUUGUUGUGAGUAGUAGAAAAGAAAAAAACGUGGAGAAAGCUGUAAAUGAAUUGAAGAAAGAGGGAUUGAAUGUAACUGGGGUAGUUUGUCAUGUAUCUAAAGCAGAAGACCGAAGAAAACUCUUUAUGGAAUCAGAAAAGUUGGGUGGGCUUGAUAUUUUGGUGUCUAAUGCUGCUGUGAAUCCAGAAAUUGGUGGAGUUUUGGAUGCCAGUGAAACAGCCUGGGAUAAGAUUUUUGAUGUAAAUGUCAAGUCAUCUUUUCUCUUGGCCAAGGAAGCUUUGCCUCAAAUCAGGAAGAGCAAGUUUGGUAGAAUAGUGUUUGUUUCCUCAAUUGCUGCCUAUGCACCCUUAGACGUGUUGGGUGCUUAUUCCGUCAGUAAAACAGCUCUUUUGGGUUUGACCAAAGCUGCUGCAAAUCAGUUGGCAACAGAGAAUAUUACGGUGAACUGCGUAGCACCUGGUGUGGUUCAAACAAAAUUUGCCAGCACCCUUACUGAAUCUGAAGCAACUAGGGAAGAAGUUUUAAAAAGGAUACCUCUAGGAAGACUGGGUGUUCCUGAUGAUAUCAGUGGAAUCGUUGCUCUUCUUGUUUCUGAUGAUGGCUCCUACAUAACUGGAGAAACUAUUGUUGCUGCUGGAGGAAUGAUUUCCCACUUAUAAACAGCUCCAUCUCAAAAUCCAUCAUUGCUUUAAAAUCAUUAAUUCAGACCGUUUUUUUUUUCAAAUGUAUUUUUGGGGGUAAUAAGAAGAAUUUUAUAUUGAUAUCAACGAAAGUAUCAAGAGCACAAGAGAGUUAUUUCUAAAUGUCUCAUUUUAUUUCUUUAAGUUUUUUAUACUUCUUUGGUUUGAUUGUAAAUUUAAAAAUCUGUCAAUAUUUUUGACAAAUAUAUAUUAUAUAUAACUGGUUGGUA